UCUCGUCUUCUUCAUUUUAAUAUACGACGGCGACGGCGACGACGAAAAGGCGAAUUAGUGAGAUCGGAGGAGAAAAAAUGGAUCAAUUCUCAGGAGGAGGAGGUAAUUGGUCGAUGAUCCCAAACGUGCAGGCGCAGGGUAACUUCGGUACACCGACCAAUCAUGACCAGCAACUAUUCCUCCAGCAACAACAGUUUCAUCUUCAACAACAACAGACGCAGCAGCAACAACAACAAUUCCAGCCACAACAACAAGAGAUGCAACAAUUUCAGCAAUUCCAACAACAGCAACACUUCAUUCAACAACAGCAAUUCCAACAACAACAACGGUUGUUACAAUCUCCUCCUCUUCAGACACAGUCGUUGCAAUCGCCUCCGCCGCAACAGACGGUGGUUCAUACGCCUCAAUCUAUGAUGCAUACACCGCAGCAACAACAACAGUUGGUUCAAACUCCGGUGCAGACUCCGCAACAGCAUCAGUCUUUAGCUUCUCAUUUCCAUCUCUAUCCGAUGGUGGAGAAAUUAGCCGAUGUGAUCGAAAAUGGAACCCGAGAUCAGAAUUCUGAUGCACUGGUGACUGAAUUGAAUAGCCAUUUCGAUAAGUGUCAACAGUUGUUGAAUUCGAUUUCAGGAUCACUAGGAUCUAAAACUAUGACUGUUGAUGGCCAAAAGCGAAAUGUUGAAGAAAGUGAGCAAUUGCUUCAACAAAGAAGGGAUUUGAUUGUGGAGUAUAGGAAAUCUAUUGAAGAGAUUUUGAAGAUGGAGCCUUAGUUCCCAUUUUGCUUCUAAGAUGUUUUGAUUCAGCAAUUGUUUUAGCUACUUGGGACCAAUAAUUGUUAUCAAUCUUGAUUCACAUAAUAAGGAGAAUGUGGUUUUCUUCAAGAUAAUUCUUUUUCAUCAGAUUACAAAUAGAUCACAAUGCAUCA